ACAGUACCCACUCUCUCUCUCUCACUACCUUUUCACGCCCGUUGCCUCCCCCAGUCCCCCCUCUCUCCACCCCCUUUCUCUCACUUCGCCGCCACUCCCAGACUCUCUCUCUCUUCCUCCUCUCUCUCCACUCCUCACAGCUAGAUUCUAGAAGCCAACAAAAACAGACGGGAGCAGAGCGCAGAGGGGGAGAAUCGUGCUCCGGAAAAGCAAGCCUCAGUAUCCACUUCCGCUCCCCUUCUCUCUCUAGAUCUACGCAAGCCGCCUCGGUUUCCGCGAUCGCUGCGGCUGCUCGUCCGUCCGCGCCGGCGGGGCGGCUGAAGCUCCCGUGCUGCUCCGCGGAGCUGGCGCGGCGCUGUUAGCUGCUCUCCACGAGCGAGCGAUGGGGGCGGGGGGCGGCGCCCGGCGCUUCCGGCCCGGGGCUCCGGUGCUCGUCCUGCUGCUGAUCGCCGCCGCGGCAUUGCCGCGCCGCGCGCUCGCGGUCACCGACGCCGCCGACGUUUCUGCUAUAAAUGGACUUUAUGUUGCACUUGGAUCACCAAAGCUGCCUGGAUGGUCUGCGAGUGGUGGAGAUCCCUGUGGUGAGGAUUGGCAGGGCGUCACAUGUACCGGCUCAAGUAUAACCUCAAUAGUUUUUAAUGCUGCGAAUUUGGGAGGACAGCUAGGCAGCCUGGGGAACUUCACUUCAAUAACUGAAAUAAAUCUCAGCAACAAUAAUAUUGGUGGAACCAUACCAGAAGAUCUACCUGUCACACUGCAAAAUUUCUUUCUCUCAGAUAAUCAACUCACUGGAAGCAUCCCAAUGUCAUUAUCAAAACUCCAGAGCCUAUCAGCCAUGUCGCUGAAUGGUAACCAUCUAGAUGGAAAAUUGCCAGAUGCAUUUGAUUCUCUAACAGGACUUGUAAAUCUUGAUAUUUCAUCCAACAACUUCAGCGGUCCAUUACCACCUUCAUUGGGAAGCUUGACAUCACUGACUACAUUGCACAUGCAAGAUAAUCAACUAACCGGAACCCUUAAUGUGUUGCAGGAUCUCCCCCUCAAAGAUUUAAAUGUAGAGAAUAAUAUGUUUUCUGGUCCAGUUCCUCCAAAACUGCUGAGCAUACCAAAUUUCAAAAACGAUGGGAACCCAUUUAAUACCAGCAUAGCACCCUCUACUUCACCCUCUUCAACACCCUCUUCAACACCUACAAGCUCCACACCAACACAAACAUCAUCAUCCCCUUCUUCCCCUUCAGGUCCUCCACCAUCUAAUACAGCCUCGAACUCCAGUGGAUCUACUGCACGAGAUAGCAGCUCUCCAUCAUCCAAGAAGCACAAGUCUUCAACUCUGAGAACUGUUGGAUAUGUUCUUCUUGCCAUUGUGCUAUUCAUAGUUAUAGUGCUGCUGGUAAUAUUUUGCUUGUCCAAGUACCAAGAGAGACAAGAGAGACGUGAUUAUUCCACAAGUCAAUUAGGGGGGAUGAGACAGAGGGUUGAGGAGCCAAAAGUCAAGCAAGCUUCAGUGCAAUCAAGAGAUGAUACCAAAAAAGGUUCAGCUGAAAAUCCAGAUAGAAAGAAGCCUCGUGAAAUAAAUUUAACAGUACCAGCUGCCCUUGAGAAGCCUCCUGAAAAGAGAAAAGAGCAUGUAAUUAAUUUGGAGCGAACAGAAUCGGAGAUCUUUGCUACAGCACCUCCACCACCUCCACCUCCACCUCCACCUCCGCCAACUCCGCCUCUGACUCCGCCACCGCUGCCGCCAAUGCCUUCACCACCAUCACCCCCUCGUGUUGAAAAAGUAACCGUAAAUCCCAUUGUCAGGCCAGAAAAAAGAGUUAGCACUCCGCCAAGGACUGAUCCCUCAACAUCUGCAACAUCCUUUUCUGUUGCAUCACUUCAGCAAUAUACAAAUAGCUUCGAAGAGCAAAAUUUGAUAAGGGAGAGUAGGUUGGGAAAAGUGUAUCUGGCAGAACUUCCUGGAGGCAAAUUACUGGAAGUUAUGAAGAUUGACAAUGCUAAUGGAAGAAUACCAGUAGAGGACUUUCUAGAGCUGGUUGCUCGUAUAUCAGAUAUUAGACACCCUAACAUUCUCGAGCUUGUUGGAUACUGUGCUGAGUAUGGACAGCGGCUACUUGUCUAUAACCACUACAGUAGAAAAACACUACAUGAUGUACUGCAUGAAGGGGAGGAGAUAGAUGAUGCACUAUCAUGGAAUGCUCGCCUCCAGGUUGCUCUUCAUGCAGCAAAGGCGUUAGAGUAUCUCCAUGACACCUGUGAACCUCCAGUAGUGCACCAGAAUUUUGAACCAGCAAACGUGCUCCUUGACAAUAGAUGCUCAGUACGUGUCGCUGAAUGCGGACUGGCAGAAUUGAUGUUGUCAGGUUCUGUUACACAGCUAUCAGGUCGCAUGCGAGCUCUACUCAAUUAUGAAGCACCUGAAAUCCAAGAAUCUGGGCCUUUUACUAACAGAAGUGAUGUCUACAGUUUUGGUGUUGUGAUGCUAGAACUUCUCACAGGCCGUAAACCAUAUGACAGUUCUCGCCCACGUGCUGAACAACAUCUUGUAAGAUGGGCUGAUUCUCAGCUUCAUGACAUUGAGUCCAUAUCAAAGAUGGUCGAUCCUGCUAUUCGAGAAGAGUGUUCCGACAUACUGUUGUCACGUUUUGCAGACAUCAUCAGUCGAUGUAUUCAGAAGGAACCAGAGUUCAGGCCGGCAAUGUCUGACAUCGUCCAAGACCUAACUAGGAUUGUAGGUGCUACUGGUGAGGGUUCGGAGUGAUAAAUCAAGGAAGAACAGCAAGGCCAGCCAGUGAAGACGCUCAGUGAAUACAUCUUGAGCACAUUGGUGUGACACACCCUAUCAGAAUUUGUACUGGCGAGAUUAUCAGCUGUACAUGCCAUUUUGGAGCCUCACUUCUGGAAAGGUGGUAGACUGGUAGUUAUAGUAGUAUGGUACAACCAGAGAGGAGGUGUGGUUUCGCAUUGUUGCCGAGCAGAUUACUGUGCUCCGCAAGACAUGAUAAUUCCACUUGUAGGCAGUAUCUCUUGUAACUAAUUCUAUUUUUUAUUACUUUAUUACACCAUAGCUAGUUAUGUUGAAUAUGAUGCUUUUAGCAUGUCUUGAACCUCACCUUUCUCUGGAAGAAAAAAAAAUUGGCUUUGCUAACUCCA